GUGAGAAUCCCACAAGGUCAACCAACCACCGGAAUCAAAGUCUUAUCCGUCCAUGGCGUCCCAGGAUCACCACCACCACCGCGGCGGCCACUCCCACAACGACGACGACCACCAUCACCACCACCAUCACGGGGAUGCCGCCGGGAAGGGGGCGGGGGCGGGGGCGGGGUCGUGGGUCGGCGAGGACGGGCGCGUGUGGCACUCGCACGACGGCCUGGCGCCGCACUCCCACGAGCCCAUCUACUCCGCCGGGGACUUCUCCAAGCGCGCGCCGCCGCUCGACUCCCGCAGUUUCGCCGACCGCGCCUUCACCGUCGGCAUCGGCGGCCCCGUCGGCACCGGGAAGACUGCCCUGAUGUUAGCACUCUGCACUUCCCUGCGUGACAAAUAUAGUCUUGCAGCGGUUACAAAUGAUAUAUUCACAAAAGAGGAUGGAGAAUUCUUGGUCAAGCAUGGAGCUCUUCCUGAAGAGCGUAUACGUGCCGUUGAAACUGGAGGCUGCCCUCAUGCAGCUAUACGCGAGGACAUCAGCAUAAAUCUGGGCCCUCUGGAGGAGCUAUCCAACUUGUACAAGGCCGAUUUGCUGCUCUGUGAAUCUGGAGGAGAUAACCUGGCAGCCAACUUCAGCAGGGAGCUAGCAGACUACAUAAUCUACAUCAUCGACGUGUCUGGUGGGGACAAGAUACCAAGAAAAGGUGGCCCUGGUAUAACCCAGGCAGAUCUUUUGGUCAUAAACAAGACGGACCUUGCCUCCGCGGUUGGAGCCGACCUAGCGGUGAUGGAGCGAGACGCCCUUCGGAUGCGGGAUGGAGGGCCCUUCGUGUUCGCCCAGGUGAAGCACGGGGUCGGCGUGGAGAUUGUGGACCAUGUGCUGCGAGCCUGGGAGAUCGCCACCGGCAACCGGCGCCGAUAGAGGCGUUCACGUCGCCCGAACGCACGCACGUGUAAAUUGUGCAGCCUUCUUUAUGUAACUUCAUCAGAUGCAAGGGCCCAUGAUGAGAAUGAAUAAGCAAAACUGUAAUGCUAAGGCAUUGUUGCCUCCGCUGUGUCAUGAGCUGGGCACUCUGGAGAACAACAAAACAAUAAGAUUCUUUCGAAUCAGAGGAUAUAUAUGAAAUAGAAAUGGUUCUGUCACGGUA